UCAAAUCAGUCUGCUUCAAGAGCCUCAUACCACCAGUUCACCCAAAACUAAACAUUUUAUUUCAAUAUGACGAACACUGUGUCAGUAUCAACUAACGAGAACUCUCCGGUUGGCCAAAACAUUGGAGCCAUCAAAAACACGAUGUCACCUACUGAAAUAUCUAUUCAGCAAUUGCCAAAUCUCGCUUCGAAUUGGUCGACUUUUCUUAGAGAUAUUACCAACGAUCGAAAGCUGCGAGCCGAGCGUAUAAAUCGGCAGUCGGAAAAUGUCAUUCAAUUUAUAAAUAGAUUUCCCCUUUUGGAAUCUUCCUGAAAAUCCUCCCGGAGGUGAAAAUAAUAUUAUCACCAAAUUCGGACAAUUUAAAAUUAUACAUAUUUAGA